CCCAAGGCCAGGGUGGUGGCAUGUUUCUGUGAGGGCAUGACCGUCCGCAACAUCCUCAUGGCCAUGAGACGCCAGGGACUGGUAGGCGAGUUCCUACUCAUUGGCAGUGAUCUGCGCUGUGUAACUAAAUCGUUGCCAGCAGCAUUUUUGUUGUCAUUGCCACCAUGAUGCACAUUAUCAAAGUACUCAUCCUACUCUUCGUCAUCUUUAUCCACAUCAUCAUCAUCAUCAUCAUCAUCAUCAUCAUCAUUGUCGUCAUCCUGCUGAGAGUGAGUGAUGGAUGGGCAGACAGGUAUGAUGUGACGGAUGGUUACGUUAAGGAAGCAGCCGGCGGUAUUACCAUCAAGCUCCAGUCGGCUGAUGUGAAAUGGUUUGACGAAUACUACCUUAAACUUCGCCCCGAAAACAACCAUAGGAACCCCUGGUUCCCCGAGUUUUGGCAGCAUCGUUUUCACUGUCGACUUAAAGGCCACCCACAGGAGAGCAACAAGUACAACCGCACCUGUAGCAAGCGAGAGUCGCUUCGGCAGCAGUAUGCACAAGACACAAAGAUGGGGUUUGUCAUUAAUGCCAUCUACUCAAUGGCAUAUGGCCUGCAUAACAUGCAACAGGCACUCUGCCCAGGCUAUCAGGGCCUAUGUGAUUCCAUGCGACCGAUAGAUGGUGCUACACUGCUGGACUUCCUGAUGAAAACAAACUUCACAGGCGUGUCAGGGGAGGGAAUCUUAUUCGAUGAGAAUGGAGACUCACCUGGCAGGUAUGAAAUAAUGAACUUCAAAAAGAUGGGGAAGGACUACUAUGACUACAUUAAUGUUGGCAGUUGGGACAACAGCGGUUUGAAGAUAGAUGAUGAUGAAAUCUGGCCCAACAAAGAAGCAAUCAUCAAGUCAGUCUGCAGUGAACCCUGUGACAAAGGACAGAUUAAGGUGAUCCGUAAAGGUGAGGUGAGCUGCUGCUGGACGUGCACUCCCUGUAAAGAGAAUGAGUAUGUGUUUGACGAGUACACCUGCCGAGCCUGUGAACUGGGCUCCUGGCCUACUGAUGACCUCACAGGCUGUGACCCAAUCCCAGUUGAGUACCUACGGUGGGGAGACCCUGAACCCAUAGCUGCCGUGGUCUUUGCCUGCCUUGGUCUAAUGUCCACAUUCUUUGUCACCGCUGUCUUCAUCAGGUUCCGGGACACCCCAGUAGUGAAAUCUUCCAGUAGGGAGCUGUGCUACAUAAUACUGGCAGGGAUCUGCCUGGGUUACCUGUGUACCUUCAGCCUCAUAGCCAAACCCCAUGUCAUCCACUGCUACCUCCAACGACUGGGAAUAGGCCUCUCACCUGCCAUGAGCUACUCUGCGCUUGUCACCAAGACAAACCGCAUCGCUCGGAUCCUGGCAGGAAGCAAGAAGAAAAUCUGUACAAAGAAACCUCGCUUCAUGUCUGCCUGCGCUCAGCUCAUCAUUGCCUUCGUCCUCAUUCUGCUGCAGCUGGGCAUCAUCGUGGCUCUCUUCCUCAUGGAGAAACCUGAGGUGAUCCAUGACUACCCCAGCAUCCGCCAAGUCAACCUCAUUUGCAAUACAACUAACCUGGGUGUGGUUGCCCCACUGGGGUACAAUGGCCUGCUCAUACUCAGCUGCACCUUCUAUGCCUUUAAGACCCGCAAUGUCCCAGCUAAUUUCAACGAGGCUAAGUACAUUGCCUUUACCAUGUACACCACCUGUAUUAUCUGGCUGGCCUUUGUACCCAUCUACUUUGGUUCCAACUACAAAAUUAUCACCAUGUGCUUCAGUGUCAGCCUCAGUGCCACUGUGGCUCUUUGCUGCAUGUUCGUACCAAAGGUGUACAUCAUUUUAGCCAAACCAGAGCGUAACGUGCGCAGUGCCUUUACCACUAGCACAGUGGUGCGCAUGCACGUGGGUGACGGCAAAUCGUCCUCAGCUGCCAGCCGUUCCUCUAGUCUGGUUAACCUGUGGAAACGCAGAGGCUCUACUGGAGAGACACUCAGCUCCAACGGUAAAUCGGUAUCUUGGGCGCAGACAGAGCGCAGUGGUUCCCGUGGCAACCACCUGUGGCAGCGGCUGUCCUUCCACAUUAAGAAGAAGGAGAACAAUCAGACUGCCGUCAUUAAGCCCUUCUCCAAAACCUCUGAGGAACGUUACUGUGGAGGGGGUGACCUGCCCCCACAUGUUCCUCUCCCUUCCCUCCCGUCCAUGUCCUCCCUGCCUAGUCAUCCUGACGCUGGCACAGACAAGACCCUGUACGAGCUCUCAGAAGCAGAGGAACGCUACUCGAUCACAUACCGGCCGCAGACACCUUCGCCGAUCAGCACGGUCAGCCAGAGACUAGGGGCAGGUUUAGGUGAGGAACCUCACAUGACCAGUAUUCCAAAGUACCCGAGUAGCAUUUGCAGCGGUGGAAGCGGCAGCAGUUGUGGUCCUGCCAGCAGUGGCUCUGUUGUUGCUGGGAGUGAUGGCCGUUUGGUUGCUGUGGACGAUCACCCAGGCGAGGCCCAGAGUUCACUGAUGGAUCAGAUCAGCUGUGUGGUAAACCGUUUCACUGCCAACAUCACCGAACUCAACAGCAUGAUGCUUUCGUCCUCUCCGACUCACUCACACACACACAAACACACACCUCCUUCUCCUCACCCCACCGACCCGUACCUGUUACCCCAUGAACUCCAGAUGCCCCCGACCCUCACAACCUACGCAGACGUCCAGCCCCUCCCGCCUGUAGAGUCCAGCUUGGGGGGCCGGGGUGGCUGCCUUGCUCACUCUAUUCCUCAUUCACCUUACCCACUGCCCCCUCCUCACCCCCAGACCUCCCCCUCUCUCUCCCCCAUGCGAGGUGGCCUGGUCACCUGCCUCACUGACUCCCCUCUGAGGAGGGUGGAGUUGGAAGAGGAGCUUAUUGCUUUGACUCCUCCGUCGCCCUUCCGCGACUCUCUGGCGUCCAGCAGUGGCUCACCUGUCUCAGAGACAGAUCUGUGUCUCCCCCCAGCUCCCUCCCAUCCUCCCCCUUCUCCCCCAUAUAGCAGACUCACACUCAGAAACUACAGCCAGAGUUCGUCCUCACUGUAAGGCAGACAAGUUAAGAGAACACAGAAAUGAAGACGAGCACUCAGAAACAACAGGUCAUAAUGAGAAAAGAGGAUGGAUAGACUGAAAUCCAUUCGUCCCUACAUGGAGUAAAAACCUGAAGUAAAGGAUUCAUAGAGUGCUGUUUGGUGAAUGCAACAGGUUGUGUUUGUGUUUACAUGUUUGCAGUGAGAUACACGUAUUAGAAGCGUUCCGACGUUGUUGUAUUUUCUUAGUGCUGUCUCUCACAAGUGAGGCAUGGAGAACUGCAAAAAUGGCCACUAUAACUUUGCAGUGUUUUGGUGUCUAUUAAGCCAGAAAUCAUUCCCGAAGGUCUAGAGCUAUGUAUCAUUUAGGUUUGGGUAGUGGCCUUAAGGUAACAUGGCUAUCAACUAAUUAGAGACUGUAAGUUUGUGUGUGUGUGUGUGUGUGUGCGUGCGUGCGUGUGUGUGUGCGCGCAUGACUGUGUUUUUGCUGUAUCUUAGUUAAUGAGAGGUAAUGGCAACAUGACAGCGUAGAGUAUUGAUGAGGUACGAAUCCUAAAGCCUGUAUGGACUAAACAUACGCUGUCAAGGGCACAUAUAUAUCUGCUCACACUCACUUACUCACUCUCUCACUCUCUCACUCUCUCACUCUCUCACUCACUCACACACACACACACACACACACACACACACACACACACACACACACACGUGAGCACACACAAAUCAACACAAUGUAAGGGAAGAACAAUGUAAAUAUGAGAGGUUAUGGAUUUGUCUUUGAUGAUAAAAUCCAACAUGUUUAUGACAAAAGUGCAUUGUGUUAACAUACCAGGCUGUAUGUUACUCUGAAGAACUUUCUCACAAAAGCAUCUUUUGAUUGAUUCAGCUCCCCAAUCUUUUCCCUCUACAUAGCUUUCUUUUCCUCAGUCCCUCUCUCUCUCGCUGCUUUCUUUUAUCCUGCCAGUAUUUCAGUAUUUUCUACUCUUCGUUUGUUUUCUUCAGAAGUUUGAAUGUAUAUUUUCUACAUGAUUCCUGAAGCAGUUGGGACCAAACCUUUUGUACCACUCUGUCUGUGACUUGAGAAAGAGGGAGAGGAGGGAUUAUCAAGACCAAGCCUUGUUUUACCAUGAACAUCCUAGUCAUUAAAUUUUGUUCAGGUGGAUUAUUGGAAGAAAGCUUAUUGUUAGUGUGUGACAUUUAACAGAGCAUUAUGUAAGGCUUAGCUGGAUCCCAGUCAUGACAUUUUCUCUAUACAGUUUGUCAGCAGGACACAAGUGUCACUCUGUUUCAUCAAAGACAGUGCUUUGAAUGGGAUUAAUUGGAAUAACAAUGUUCUCUAAAGUUAGCAGGCACAGAUUGACAGAUUCAAGCUGGGAUAGAGCCGCCUCCUCCUCAGCCUCUACCAGGGUCAUCUGUUGCACAGGUGCUACAGUCCUUUUAAAGGUCACAAUCCUUUUCAAACAAAGAGGGGCAGAACAAGUAAAAAGGUUAACAGAUUAAAAUCCAUCUUAAACGGGCUUUUUAUAAAUUCUCGGAAGUUCAAACUCCAGAUGAGAUUGACGCUACAUUACCGUUAGUCUCAUGAGAGUAACCUGGUAGAGGACAAUGACUGACAUCCAGUUUAGCCAGUCAAAAUGUUAGCGUAGCGGGAACAGGAAUAGGGAGACAUGGAAACUUCCCAGGGUUAAAAUAUUAUUGAAAGGAAUAAUUUAGCACUUUCUGAAACUUGCUUUCUUGCUGAGUGCUAGAUGAGAUAAUGGAUACCACUCUUAUAUCUGUCAGGUGAAUAUAUGAAGUCUCUGGUCUGGUAACAUUUUAAUUCGUGAGCUUUGGAGGUGCUGUAGACAGAUUUUGUUGCCUUCGACGAGAGCCAGGCUAGCUGUUUCGCCCUGUUUCAAGUGUUUAUGCUAAGCUAACUGGCUGCUUGCUGUAGCUUCAUAUUGAAUGGCCAGACAUGAGAGUGGUAUCGAUCUUCAUCUCACUCUCAGCAAGAAAGUGAAUCAGUGAAUUGCCAAAAUGUCAGUCUAUUGUUUUAAAGUGAGGUCUGGCCUCGUGAGAGUAAUCCAAAAUGUCAUACUUCCUGGAUUGGGAAAAACGUUGGAAGUGAACGUAAUCCAGGUGGUAAUUACAUUUUCUCUUAGAGGAGUUUAGAAAAGCCAGUUUGUAGUAUAGAGCUUUUUAUAGGAAACAGGGUUUGGUUUAUAUGGAGAGAAUAACUGUCUAAUAUUAGCAUAAGUGUCAAAUUCAGGCCCAGACACAUCCUGAUAUUCCAGCCAUAAAUGUCUGGAUUGGUAAACAGAACUGAAAUAACAAAACCUAAAAUAUCUAAUUUGACUAUUUAAGACUAUUUUAAGAUUUUUAUGCCUUUAAAUGGAAUAUUGUACCUACAUGUGCCAACACUUAGACAGAAUUUGAGAGUACUCAGAGUAGUACUGGGAUAUAAGAUGUGCCGAUGAAUGCAUUCACUAAGAUGCUUUUGAGAAAUGGGGCCUUGGCAUUGUCUCAGCUCCCUCCACAGUGGAAAAAGCUCUGCAAAGUAAAGAAAAAAACAAGAAAUCUGAGGUUAGAAGGUUGUGAUACACAACACAAACAUCUUUAGACAUUUUAUGAUAGGAAUGUUAUCUGCAGCAAAGACAUGGAUUGGUAUAUCGAACUUAAUCGAAGAUAAUUAGACCGUUGAUAUCACAACAACAAUCAGUGCUUCAAAAUGUCAUAUGUGUAUUAUUGUUCGUCAUGAUCUCCGUAUUUUCUGCAGCAUAUGCAUUUGUCUGCUGUAACAGCUGACUGAUGCAGAUGCAGUCCAUGGUCUGAUUUUUUUUUGAGUGUAGUAUUUCUGCUCUACAGUAGCCAGCAAGAACAAACUCAGACAAAGUGAUUCUGUAAAUAAUAAGGGCAUGCAAAGACAGUUCUGUUUUGUUUCAGAUGAAAGUACAUUUAUUUACAUAUCAACAAAGGUGAAAAAAAGAAAAAAAUAUGUUUUUGAACUAUGUUAUAACAGUACCAAUAUGUGUUUCGACUACAGAAACUGUGUUACUACUCUGAAUGUGUGAGUGACCAUUCCUAUUCAAAUGUCUUGUAAUUCAAUAAUAUAAUAAUAAUUAAUAUGAAUAUGAUUAUUGUGCCAAAGGGGUUAGGGAGGGUCUAGUUUACUAGCUUGUGGGUACAUAGGUGGUUUCUUAAAAAAAGAAAAAAAAUGUUAAUGUAAAACUGUUUCUAUUGUUUUGGAUAUUUUCUUUAUAAAUAUUCCACAUUUUCCAGUGUAAAAGCAAUAUAAUCCAUACAUAAAGGUGCACAUCUGAGGGGUUUCUUAAAUCUUAAACAAUGUUUUAGAUUGUUGUUCUUUUUCAUCCCUCUGUAAUCUCUGGUGGCCAACAAAAAGGAGGAUAAGAUCUUUUUUUUUUUUUUUGCAUUUUUUCUAAAUCUAUCUUUAAUGAAAGGGAGAUAUUUAGUAAUUUGUAGUUACCACAAAGGUGCGAUCCCCGAUUUUUUGCAAUGUUAUCUUCUCACUUAGGGCUUGUAGUUCCCCUUUUUUCACCUUUUAUUCCUGGUUCAGUCUCUGAUCUAAAGAGACCAAUCUCCUGAAAGCAUAGGUGCAGUGUGAGCUAGUGAGAUGAUUUCUGUGUGCCAUUAAUUGUUGUUUGCUUUUUUAUUGUUGCAUUUUUUUUUUUUAACGUGUACUGCAAACCUGGUCCCUGAACAAGCUCCAGUAUGUCUCUGCAAUUCAAAGCAAGAGAAUAAUUCUUCUUGUGUCUAGUUGGUGGGAACAUGUGGAUAUGUACUAAUUGACACCUUUAGAAAACUGCACAGACCUUUGCUUCUGAUAGGACAAAAAUUUACAAGAAAAAAGCAUGAAACAAGAGCUGUUGGUCAUAAUGUAAGCAUAAUUGGGCCUUGUCUUAAAGUGCUGUCUGUGCAUCAGUACUUCUGCAUCUACUCAUUUAAUUGGGCUAAUCUAGGCGCUGACCUGUUGUCAAAAAAUUUACCAGUGCUAUUGUUGAGAUGUUAUUGGGGAGGAGCUGUUUUAUAUCCUGCUGUCACUGACAUUGUUUAUAACAUGCUGGGAGCUUGCUUCAGCACUUCAGCUGUGUUUUACCAGCCCCCUGGGUGAGGCUCAGCAGUUGUGUGCUGCCUCUGCAGAAAAAGAGAGGAUCAGCGCUUACAUCUACUGCUAUCUCAUUCUCUUUAAGGGCUCAGUUCUGUGACAUCAUCUUACAUUAAAAUCACACAUGACCGACAACAGAUAGUCAUUAAGAUAGAGGACAGAGGUUAUAAGAGUGCAGCAUGAUUAUUAUGAAACAGAAGGAAAAGGUUAAAUUAGCAGAGAAUCAAGGCCUUGUGUAUAUUUGGCAUUAUAAAAUAAUGCAGGUAUCGACUUGUAAGGUCACCGUAAACUCUCUGAACCACAGGGAGAUGAAAAAUUAAUCUGUCACCUAUAGCAUUUUAAGGAAAUAACCUUUUUUUUUGCAUUUGAAUCUUUAGUUGUCAGGGGAUUUUUACACCAGGUGAACCAGGGACUUUCUACCAUUUUCCAUGACAAAUGCGUAGUAAUCAUCCCUGUGUGGAAAUUGAGUAGUAAUGCAUACAGAACAUUUUGCUGACAAACUGUGAGACAUCUGCACUAAUACCGUUUUAGCCCUAACUCAAGGAUCACAAAAAGCUACCACUCAUAUUAAUCUGGGGUGAUUUCUGUUAAAUUGAUAUUUCCCCUCCUAUUCUAUCCAAAACAUGAUGAUGAUGAUGAUGAUGAGUAAAAUCUUAUGCUUGCCAGGAAGAUGAUCUCCUGAUGAUGUCCACCCAAAAUGCUGUUGGCUCACUUAUUUUUGUAAACGCACUCUAAAGAAUUGGAUAGAUAAUCCCUGCGCUCAAAAGUACUUUUAAUCCAGACAUGCUUAUCUGCUGAUCGGAGGAAAACAGACCCAAGGUCAUUUAUUUUAUACCUUUUUGAAUGAAAAUAUGAAUAGUUAAGGCUUUAACCAGUCCCUGUUGUCCGUCCGUUAUAUUGCCAGAUACAAUAGUGGGUUCGGUUCGGUUUUGGGUGCAGUUUUUUGGUAAUGUAGUGGUGAGGAUGGCAGUUGCGGAAGGAGACCUCGUUCAUCAUAAGCGCUAGCUACUCUGCUGAAUUGUUCUUGAGGAAGACUCCACCUGCUUUCUGCCACCUGUGAUAGUUGUGUGCUGACCCCGACCCCUGAUUUCUCUGUAGAGGGAGGCAAGUCAAAAACAGGGAUCAACAGAGACAGAUCAAAAACACUGUUAAUGUAGGUCAUUAUCAGUUUGGCACUCAAGAGGUCUCUAGUGAGAAAGAGCCUGGUUAUUUUGUUUGAUUUGAUACAGAACAUAGAACUAUGUUUACUGUGUAGACACCACAUAGACACAUGGUUACAUACAUUAUCAGGGCAGAAUGGAAGAAGUUUUUUUUUUUUGUCAGCCCACUGUGACAGUCUCUCGCAUAAUUAUUAUAAAUAAUGAACACCCUUGGGAGUAUAAUUUGGAAGAUAUAAAAAUAUUGUUUCUUACCUUUUAACAGUGUUAAUGAUAUAAGUAAAUCACAAUAUGUUUAGGUUAGAGGUAGGUGAGAACCUAAUUUCUUAAUUGCAUUAAGAGAGGUAGUGAGUGUUUUGAGAUGAACCGGCCCCUCGUCCCUCUACAUGCCAAGCAGUGAAUGCUUUAGCAUUUAUGUUAACUGUUCUUUGUUUUGAGCAGUAUCAAUAAAAUCCAAAUGAUAGAGUAACAUUGAUUAUUUUAGAGUUCGGCAGAUAUUCUGUACCAGUAUAAAGCAGUAAAGCAAGGAAAAACUUGUUGAAAAGAAACAUCAAUAUCAACCGCCAUUGAUCGUUUUUGAGACAAUCUUUGGCACUGGUAUAGAGAGUGGCAUAUCCUCUGUAGGACUGAGCCAAGUAUUUCCAAAUCAACCUACAGGCUCAAUGUUCUGACUAACUUAAAACUUCAUUUGUAAAAGUAGCUGACGGCUUGCAGUUUCAGAAUAAACUAACGGCAUUUAGACUCUGUACUGCGCUGUACAAAACAUUACAAGAUACAUAUCAGUGUCCUGAAUAUUAAAUUCCUGGGGGGCUUGGAUGCAUCCAGUUUGCCGCAGCUGGUUGAAGGAAACCCUAGGCCCAGAGGGUGACAACUAGACGUCUUAAGAAUCAUCAACAGUAUUUUUGUAAGUUUGCCCGAAGCUGCUGAUUUGAAUGUUGCUUUUUAUAACUGAGUCAAGAACAUGUGUGUUUUAAUAUGUGGUUGUUUCCUCAGAGUAAAAUCACUGAUUUUAUGUAGUCAGUGUAGGUUCUAUAAAGCAAAGGAGAUAGUUGUGUAACAAGAAGUUAGGUUUUGCAUUAUAUUGAUUAGAAGUAAGAGAGCAGUUUCUGUACUUAUUUAUUUUGCUUCAGGAUUUAUGAGAAAGUGGAUUAAUUUAUUAAGAAGGUCUGUGUGUGUCUUUAGGGCGUUAUUGUUUUUCGAUACAGUGCAGGCAAGUUACAGAACAUACAGCAUUGAUUGAGAUGAAUGUUGCCUAUAGAAGUGAUGUUUACAUUCUUACUGCUCCCUUGAGAUAAUCUAGAUUAUCAUGUUUAAUGACUGGAUUCCGUUGUAGUGACAUUUUACAAGCUUGUAAGCGAACGUACGUGUUUUGUGUUUUUCUGGGAUACUGAGGUGGGUGAUCUGAGCAGAAAAACAAAUUUCACUUAUUCUCCAAAAAGGCAGCUCAUCUGCUUAUUACUGGAGGCCCUGUGUUGCGUUCCAAUCUCUUUACAACCCAGACUUAUCAAAACUUUAAUUCAGAUCCGCUCAUUGAAGCGGCUACUUUGGGCUUCAUUUUGAUAAAAAGAAAAUGAUGAGUUACCAUAAACAUAAUUAAAGGGAAGUGGAAUGAGCUGAUUUCCCUAGACUGAGUGUGUAGAAUGUAAUAUAUUUUUUUCUGUAUUCAUUUAAUAGUAUUUAUUCACUCCAGGCAGAAAAUGACUUUUACUAAAAUGAAAAUUUAUGAUAAAAUAUAUUAGUUAUUUAUUUGAAAAAAUAACAGCAAAGUCAGGCUUAAUUUGCAGUGUAUCCCCAGACUCCAGUAGUGUUUUAUCCCCGCGGUGUUCCCAUAAGCUCCUCCGCUCAGUGCCAACUUUAUCUCAUUCUUUUUUUAUUUCAGGUGCUACUGCAUUUUUUAGCUGGGGUGGAUAAACAUUACAAAAAUUAGAUUAAG